GGUCGCGGUCCCUACGGUUCGCUCCAACCGUCGAACCAUGGGCUUCUCGUCCGCUCUACAAGGCCGAGCGGCGCACGAUGCGCUGCUCAAUCGGCAGGAAGCGGAACUGAAGCUGUUGGAAACGAUGAAACGGUGUCUGGCGCAAAAGGCAAAGUGCGAUCGAGAGUAUGCCGUGUCCCUGGUGGCCGUCACACAGCAAGGGUUGAAGAUUGACCGCUCCGAUGAUCUGCAAGGAAGCCAUAUAAUGCGCGCGUGGCGUAGCUUUAUGGAGGAACUAGAGCACACGGCCAAACAAAUUCGGACCAACGCAGAGCAGCUGGAAACGGUAUGCCACGAGAAGCUGACCAGCCUUUACCAGGAGAAGCGCCGCGUUCGGAAGCAGUACCAGGAGGAGCACACCAAAAUCGCCACCCAGUUUAGCCAUCUCACAGAGGACGUUGCCCGAAAGAAAAGCGAAUAUCAGAAACAUUUAGACUACUAUAAGCUGCUUCGAGGUCGCUUCGAGGAACAUAUCAAGUCCGGCAGAUCCGGGCGUAAACUGGACGAUGUCAUCGACAAGUACCAGAAAGCCUGCCGGAAGCUACACCAGGCACACAACGAGUACGUCCUGCUCAUCACCGAGGCGGUCGAGGUGGAGAAAGACUUCCGGACGAUUCUGCUGCCCGGCUUACUCGAAAAUCAGCAGUCCCUCCAGGAGGGCUUCAUUCAGGCAUGGAGCAACCUGCUGAUGGAGAUCGCCAAACUAAGCGACACCACGUCCGAUAAGUACGCCGACAUUCAGCUGCGCAUUGAGUCGAGCAUAGCGAACAUCAACUCAACCGAGGAGUACCGGGAUUUCACGGAGAAACAUAAAACCUCACCGACCGCCCCGGUCGUCUUUCAGUUCGACGAAAGUCUCGUCGAGGACAGUCUGGGCAAACUGCAAGCCAACACGCUGACGGUGGACAACCUGACGGUCGAUUGGCUGCGCAGCCGGCAGACCGAGCUCGAAGGUACGAUCAAGGAGCUGCAGGAGCGCCAAAACAAACUGUUUGCCGAACCGAACGGUACCGGGAGCGGUGCAUCCGGUUCACCCGCCGCCAGCCCUGUCGGUUCGCCGGCCACCAAACCCUCUACACCGAUUCUAAAUGGCACCCAAAACGGAACCCCAGGGAAGGACCAGACCAGCAAUAAAUCGUCGAAGGAACUGAGCAACCUGCGGUGCCAAGAACGUCAGACGGUGAAGCUGGUCGAUAUGAUCCGGGCAGCGUUGAAUGAGGUCGGUUGCGAGGAGCUACCAUCCGGUUGUGACGACCUGUCGGUAGAACACCUUAUCGAGAACAAAAAGUCUGUCAGUCAAGACCUUUCGAUGACGCUGUCCACGAAUCGUCCGUUGCACGAAGAGGAAUGGUUUCACGGUGUACUACCCCGGGAGGAAGUAGUUCGAUUGCUUCGAAAUGAAGGCGACUUUCUGGUACGAGAGACUACACGCAACGACGAAAGCCAAACCGUACUCAGUGUCUGCUGGAACGGACACAAACACUUUAUUGUACAGACAACAGCGGAAGGACACUAUCGCUUCGAAGGACCGGCGUUCCCGAGCAUACAGGAGCUGAUCGUGCACCAGUAUCAAUCAGAGCUGCCAGUGACGGGUCGUUCAGGUGCAGUAUUGCGUAAGCCGGUACUACGCGAGCGCUGGGAGCUCAGCAACGAUGACGUGAUUCUGCUGGACAAGAUCGGUCGCGGGAACUUCGGCGACGUGUACAAAGCGAAACUUAAGUCAUCUAAAAACACGUUGGUUGCGGUAAAAACGUGCCGAAUGACGCUGCCGGAGGAACAAAAGCGUAAAUUUCUUCAAGAGGGUCGCAUAUUGAAGCAGUACGAUCAUCCCAACAUAGUCAAGCUGAUCGGUAUUUGCGUGCAGAAACAACCGAUCAUGAUUGUCAUGGAACUGGUGGCCGGAGGUUCACUGUUGAUGUUCUUGCGCAAAAAUGCCACCACGCUCGGCCAACGGCAGCUAAUGGGAAUGUGCCGAGAUGCAGCAGCCGGCAUGAGGUACUUGGAAUCGAAGAACUGCAUACACCGAGAUCUUGCCGCUCGAAACUGUCUGAUAGGGAGCGAGAAUAUAGUAAAAAUUUCCGACUUUGGAAUGUCUCGCGAGGAAGAAGAAUACAUCGUAUCCGGUGGCAUGAAGCAAAUCCCGAUCAAGUGGACCGCACCGGAGGCACUGAAUUUUGGCAAAUACACAUCGUUAUGCGAUGUCUGGUCGUACGGAAUUCUAGUAUGGGAAAUUUUCAGUCGCGGCGACACGCCCUACUCGGGCAUGAGCAACUCGAUGGCACGCGAGCGAAUCGACGAAGGCUACCGGAUGCCUGCGCCGGAAGGUGCUCCGCCCGAGAUGUACCGUCUCAUGCUGAAGUGCUGGAUGUACGAACCGGAAAGUCGACCACACUUUGACGAAAUCUAUAGCGUGGUCGAUGCACUGUUGCUUUGCCCCAAGGACUGACCGAUGGCAUGCGGUGGUGGACGACCGUGGACGAAAGAGGACUCCGUUGUCGGAUGGUCGGCAACUAACAAACUGUGGAAUACGAUAUUACAGCGAUUGUUCAAUGCUGCCAACUUUUAAUCAGGUCCAAGUGGAGCUUCUAUCCAGGCCAUCCCCGGCUUCCUUACUAUUUGUUCCUCAUAUUUGCCACUUUGCGAAACAAAACAAAAAAAUAGUUUGAAAAGUAAGUGAACAAUAUCAAAACCAAAUGGCUUCAACAAGGCAUUCUACACAGAAGAAGUAAUCAAAAGCACAAAACUAACGAUAAAAACAAUAUGAACAUUUGGCAUCAUAUCGAAAAUCAAAGAGAGGAAAACGAAACCUAAGUAAAAACGGUGGGGAUUGUAACGUGUUGCAAAAAGUGCUUCCAUAAGCGUGACAGAGCUAAUGUAGCAAAGUAAACAGGAAAGAGGGCAACGGAGAAGAUGAUUAAACAUUAAGUUGAUACCUAGAAAAUUGCGUCGACAGCCGUGGGCUGUUAAAUUGUAAAAUAACUAUGCAGACAGAGAACUGCAUAAGUAUAACUAUUUAGAGACAGCAAUAGGUAUUAGAAUUGAGCGAACGUCCGGAAAAGCGAAUGAUUGCGUUGGCAAAUGAAACGGAUGAAUGAAGUGCACUUCGUAUGACCGCGCCAACGAUGCAAAGGAACUUGAAGAACACAGUGAAUAACUCGGUUUAAGGGAUUUAUAUGGGGUAAUGCAUAUGCACGCAUAUGCACUAAAUGUGUGAUAGAUAUUAGGUCGACAAGAUGGUAGUGAGCGGGAAAUGAAUGCUGGGAUUGCGAUAGAAGGAAGCACUUUAUGCAAUCGUAUGAUAAGACAACCAACUCUUUCUCCUCGAAACAUAUUCUCAAUCAAAUGUUUGUGCUUCAACAAAGAGUGGAUUUACUGUGACUGUAUUUAUUUUGUAUUGUUUUGACACUGUAUAAACUUUAGAGCAGAAUGAUCAAAUGGACUCUUGCUACGCUCCAACAACAGUUGUGCUGUGUGCCAUCGGACGCCGAGAAGUAGAAACACAAACCAGGUUCACUAAAUUUUACUUACUUCCAAAAUGGCGAACGAACAGGGAUACGCGUGAUCGCAACGGUUAACAUGAAGGUUUCUUGUUCUCUAAUUUUACAAAAAAAUAGAAGGCAGCUUAGCUUUUAAACAAUUACAUAUAAGCGUACGAUACACAACAAAUUAUCCAUUGAUCUGCCUAGUUUAUACGCACAAAAUCAUACUUGCAUAAAAAAGUAACGCUGUUUUGCCAAACAGUAGACCACAUUUCUGCCUGCCGACUCUUAUACACCGGGUGCCGAACUAGCCGAACUAGCUAGGAACA